AUGGCGUUGACCGUGAAGCAGCUCAACGCGGAUGCUUCUUUUCUCCUCACGUUUGAGCCCAUUGUGCCCGAGUCACUUCCUGGCAUUACACCAAGGCCGUUCAGAAUUUUGAUGGAUCCAUGGAUUACAGGGCCUUCCACUAUAUUUCAUUCCAUACUCUCAACCGCAACACAUAAGGAGUGCCCUUGUGUGUGCUCUUUAGAACAUCUCCCCGAACCCGACCUCGUCAUCAUCAGCCAGCACAAGAGUGACCACUGCAAUAAGGCAACACUUCGACAGCUCCCCGCCAGCGGGACGCGAACCCUGAUACUGGCGGAGCCGGCGGCGGCCAAGGUGAUACGGAGCUGGAAAUACUUUGACAAGGAUAAGGUCUUUACGAUACCGCGGUGGGAGGAUUCGCAGACCACAGGGGAGCAACCCAUCAUCAGGGUAAAGGUGCCCCCGUUCUUCCCCGGUGGUGAGCCAGGUGAGGUAUCGGUCGCGUUCAUCCCGCAACGGAGAGACUUCAAAGGCCUGCAUGCCGCCGUCGGCAUCACAUACCGACCGCCGGCAACAUGGCCGAGAUUCCCUCAUCUCAUGACGCCCCCGAGGACGCCAGUCUCGCUGCGGACUGCGGCCAGCGCCUCGACACCCCAGCUCGCAUUGGGAUCUCACCAAAAGACAAAGAACUCAUCCGCCUACCUCAGCCUGCCGACGCCCCCAGAGACACCAAGCAGCCGGUCCCUGCGUUCCGUCCGUUCCGCCGCAUCAAUCUGCCCGGAUGUCCGUGGUCGAGCUGUCUCCGUCAUCUUUUCGCCCCAUGGCAUAUCUUACCGCUGCCUGGAGAAGUACGCCAACACGCAUCUCAAGGCCGAGGCCGCCCUGCCUCUGACUGCUCUAUUGCACUGCUUCGACACCGUGUCGAACCCGUGGUGGCUCGGUGGGAACAUUUCGGCGGGCAUGCCGGCGGGUCAGGAGACUGCGGCCGCCCUCGGCGCGAAGGCCUGGGUCAGCACGCACGACGGUGACAAGGAUGUCAAGGGGCUGGUGACGAAGAUGCUGAGGACGAAAAAGUACACCUCAAAGCAAAUUGCCACCCCUGCUUAUUCUUUUUCUUCCAACGGGAAGCGCGGCGACAGGCUGGACCGCGAGAGGGCCAGCGACCAGGACAAGAGAGACAAGGCGAAGAGGGCCAAGAGCACAGAGGUGUUGGUUCUUGGCGUCGGCGAGGAGGUUGCGAUGACGAGGGAAGGCGUUUGGAAUGUUGAGUCUGGGGCAAGGGUGCUCUCCUCGUCGUCGUCGUCAAAGAGUCUUUCCGAAGUCGGAAAGGGGUUGAAGGGGCGGGCGAGAGGACGGGGCUUGCCGCCGGUUGAUACCACGGCUAAAUAUGGGCCCCGCUGA